CUUGUCAAAGGUCUGACGUCGGCAUGUCGUUAUCUUAGGCUUCGCAGACGCAUUGCAGAGACUGGAGAGCGAUGUUUUGAUUGUAUGUCGAGUGUAGCAGUUAGUCUCGUUAAAACUGACUGGAGACUUGAAAUAUGGUGAAUCAUUCAAUUGCGGAUAACCCUAUUAUGGGUCAUCCGCCUCAUUAUCUACACGAAUUACCUGUAGAAGAUGAGGAGAGGUUGGAGAACUUAUUUAAAACGCUGGACACUGACGGAAAUGGAAAAAUUGACAUUCACGAUCUCUCAGCAGCUCUGAAGGAAUUCGGUGUCCACCAGAAAUAUGCCCAGAAAUUUUUGGAACAUUCUGACCAAAACAAAAGUGGAGAUAUCAGCUUAGCUGAGUUCAUCCACUACGUAAGGGAACAUGAGAAGAAUCUGAGAUUACAAUUCUCAAGCCUGGAUAAAAAUAAAGAUGGUCGAAUUGACGUUGAAGAACUGAUCAAAGCAUUUAAAGAAUUGGGUGUCGAGAUAGAGGCAAAAGAAGCCACCAAAUUAUUACAAAGGAUGGACCAGGAUGGAAGCCUCAACAUUAGUUUUGAUGAAUGGAGGGAUUUCCUUUUGUAUGCCCCAAGCACUGACAUCUUUGAGCUCAUCAAGUAUUGGAGACAUGCUACGUAUCUCGAUAUUGGAGAGGAUAUGAGCGUACCAGAUGACUUCUCGCAGAAGGAGAUGAACACAGGGAUGUGGUGGCGCCAUCUUGUAGCUGGAGGAAUGGCAGGAGCAGUUUCACGGACAUGUACUGCUCCUCUUGAUAGACUGAAAGUUUACCUCCAGGUCCACGGAUCGAAACAAACAAGCAUGAGGUCAUGCUUAAACCAUCUCUUUAAGGAAGGUGGUUUUUGGAGCUUUUGGAGAGGUAAUGGGAUAAAUGUUGUUAAGAUUGCUCCAGAAUCUGCUAUUAAGUUCAUGGCUUAUGAACAGUGUAAAAGACUAAUCCGAGGAAAUAAUACUCGUGAACUUUCGAUCUAUGAAAGAUUUGUAGCUGGAUCUCUUGCAGGUGGCAUAAGCCAGACUGCAAUAUACCCACUAGAGGUGCUGAAAACAAGAUUAGCUUUACGUAAAACUGGCCAAUAUAAAGGAAUAGCAGACGCGGCCAAAAAGAUAUACAAGAAAGAAGGACUAAGGAGCUUCUACAGAGGCUAUGUUCCUAACUUACUAGGAAUUAUUCCAUAUGCAGGAAUCGACCUUGCUGUGUAUGAGACACUCAAGAACACAUACCUUCGCAAGCACAAUGACGGGUCAACGCCAAGUGUCCUACUACUUCUAACUUGUGGGACUAUAUCUAGUACGUGUGGGCAGGUUUGCAGUUAUCCACUGGCACUUGUUAGGACAAGGUUACAAGCACAAGUUAUAACCACUGGCAAUGGGUCUGCUCAUGCCCACAAUGGAACUAUGUCAAGAGUAAUCCGGACAAUAAUCCAAGAUGAAGGCUUCCUAGGACUGUACCGUGGAAUAACACCCAACUUUUUGAAAGUGGCACCUGCCGUCAGUAUUAGCUAUGUUGUUUAUGAAAGAGUUCGUCAGGCACUAGGAGUGAACAUGACGUGAUGCCAUCUUGCUUUAGGAAUUGUUUAUUUAAAAUUUACAGGAGUCCUAAAGACCACAUGGUCCUGACUGUUGAUAGAUCCGUCAUAAUUUAUUUGUGGUUGUAACUGAAAAACUACAGUUACAGUUAAUCUGUGAUUCUGAGUAUUUCUCAAAUUUUGUGAAAGUGAUAGUUCUUUUUUAAUAAUGUUUACAAGACAUUUGUCAUUAUUUGUAUAUGAUGUAUGAGUUCUGUGUAUGUGUAAUUUUCUUGUGUCCGGAUAAAUACCUUUCUUAAAAAGUCUUUGCCAAAAAAGGUGUUUUCCGUGUGUGUGUGUGUGUGUGUGUGUGUGUGGGCGCAUGUGUAGUAAGACAUACAAUUCUGUAACAGAAAUGUUGUUUAAUGAUUAAUCAGUAUUGAGUUUUCUGGGAAUUAACUUAAAAUUUGAGAAGCCCAUUCAUCUUUAGGGAAUCCAGUACAAUUGCCAGACUAAUAUUACUCUUAAAAUUGCAUUUUCUCCAUAAAUGAUUCAAGAGACUAAAUACAUCUUGAUUGAAACUCUAAAGAAUGGUCUAGAUCCAGACUAUACUUUCUAGAGCUAUUACUUACUGAUGGUUGAGGUAUGUGUCAGGUAAUUGACACACUAUACUCUGAAUCUCAUCAUGUUACUUUGUUUUGUGCAUGUUCUGUUAAAUUAUAUACAUUCCGUUUGUCUGUGCCUGUCAGGAUUUAUUUUACUGUAUUACUGCUGCUGUGUCAGUAAAUUGUUUUCAGCAGUACUCUUUUUUUUUUUCUUCACUAAGUCUUAGUAAAUUGCUGUAUCAGUAUUUACAACACACGAAAAUUGUUGGGUUAAAAAAUAUGCAGAAGCAUUUUGGUUUAUGUGUCAUUGCUGCUCCAUAUGAAAGAGCAACAAAAUAUUGCAAAUAGGAAAUCGAUAAUUUUAUAUUGGAACCGUGCUAUCCAUUAUUUUUGUGAAAUUUUUGGUGUAUUUGUGCAUGUGAGAGAAAAGGACACAUUGGAUGACAUUCAUCAAAUAAUGCAUUUAUGAAGUGAAAAAUUUGUGUUACUUGUUAAGACAUUAUUUAAAAUUGUUGAAUGACAGACUUAAAAAAGACACAGCAUUGGCAUAAAUAAAAUUCCCAUACUGUACUGUAGAAAUUAUAACUAUUAAUUGACCAGAAGUGACAAAGAAGUGGUUGACGAGCAAUCUCGGGCUUUUAGAAACAAAACAUUAUCAAAUGUGAGAGAAGAGAGGAAAUGGUGGCAAAGGUGCAAGUGAUACCUUUUUUUUCAAAAUAGAAAAAAGAUAGGAACAAAUUUUGGGUCAGGGGCUAAUUGCAGAAUUCAAAAUAUUAAAUGGUUGGUUAAACAAUGACAGCUUAGAAAAUGACAGCGUCAUUGUAGGUAAACUAGGAAAUAGAAAUCAAACGAAUAAAUGUUUGUGUAGGAAGAACCAAGCAAAAAAUUAAAACAAUAAACUACUUUGAAAAAUAAGGUUAAAAACCCAAGUAAAAAAUUGAAGAGGGGCAAUGAAACAAGAGUAGGUCAGAGAUAAAAGGAAUAAGCCAAUGGUAAUUAUGUGUUGAUGGGUAUAGACAUUAUGAAAAGAUCUGGAGGUGUAGAGAAGGAACAAGAGACCCAGCAGGAAUAAAUUACCAUGGGAUCAUCUGAGAUUAUCAGCAAGUGCCAAGUUUGCUUUGGAGUAAUCAAAUCAAUCUACUGAAUAUUUUAUUGCAUUUGGCAUGACUUGCUGAAUAAAUUAGGGAGAAGUUCCUGCUUUUAAUGUCACAAAGCAGUUUGCAACUGGCUACUGUUUUUUCACAGUAUACAGUAUUGAUUUGCACUCAUUAUUUUGAGUGUACUUUAUAUAUAUAAAGUAACACUGCUGUUUCAGUAUAUGCUCACUGUACUUGUGUCUUUUAGUUGUCUUGUGCAUCACAGUAAUGCAGAUAUGCAGAGAUACUCAUCUCAGGGGAAGACGUAAUUCCUUCAAGUGUUCUGAAGUGCCCAGCACUGACAUGAUCAAAACAAAGUAAUACCAGAGUGUCCAUGUGAGUGGUAAAAUAAUAAUUUAAUUUAGCUUACACUGUAGACUUCAAACUACAUGAACCGUUUGGUUUCUUUGCUUCAGAAUCGCGCAGUGCCAAAUAGUUGAUACAGCAUUGCUUGGUUCAGACCGUCUUCCUAUGCUUAAUGUAGGUUGGGUUCUAGCUAGUUUUCCUCUCCCUGUUACUAAUUAAGCUCGAAUUUCAACAUACGUUAUGACUACAGUCUCUGCCAGCUUGUUGCUUAGGCACUCUAAUUCCUGGAGCAUUUGUUCUGUCAGUAGUUCUUGUUUACAUUCUGUAAUAUGCCCCUUACGGACCCAAAAUUAGAUCUGUCCAUUUUGAUAAGUCUUGUCUUAACUAGGUACCUCAUUUUCAGAGAAGAAAAAGUAUGGGCAUUUUAUUAAUGCUAAUACAUAAUAAUUUUGUUAAUGACUCUGAAAACAUUUCUUGACAAUGGGCAUCAUGAGAAAGCUAUAUGCAUUUUGUUUAUCCCAGAAAACAUGUAAUGGAUGUACUGCUGAAAUUUAUUGAGACUUGUUAUACAUGACAUGUACAUUCCUAACAAAAGAAAUUGUUUGUGAAUAUAAAAAUGCAUUUCUGACUUUUUAAUUGUCUAACAAAGUCAUGUUUUAUGAAUCUGUGAUGUAAAUUCAAGAUCAUUUUGCAAUAAAAUAACCUUGUAAUAUAUACAUAAAAGGCAGUUUUGUUUAGCUUGUACAUGAGAAUGUUUGUAGUGUCUCUUGUCUGCAGAAUGUGAAAGUGUUGAGUUUCAAUUUCUGCUUCAGAAAGAGGCUACAUAAAUGUGUGAAAUAUUUAAAACUUAUUGUACUGGAAAAUCCUUCAUGGAAUAUAAAUAAUGGAAGCAGUAACUAUAACAAGUCACCCUGUAGAUGAAGCACUGAGUUUUCAGUAGGCAAAUAAACAAGACAGAAUAUUAGUGA